AAAAAAAAAUAUCAGUGCAGAAACUUACAAACAUCAAACAAAACAAUGCUUGUUUUUCCCUCUUCUUUGAACAGAACCUUCCCCUCAUAUGAUCGUGUUACCUCACUCCAGCCCUCUGUCCUUUCCUCCGUCCUCUGGCUCUCACCGGUUUUAACUCUUGGCGCUUGACUUUUGUUUGAAGUGUAGAUUUGAACAAACUACUCAUUAACGCAGAUCAUAAUAGCAGAAACUGACUCCGUGCCAAUCCAAACUAGCUCUCAGUCACACAUAUACCAUCUGUUGGCUGUUUCUCUCUCUUUACUUGUGAUGGUUUUAAGAAAAAAAAAAACGCUCAUGGUUUGUAUUGGCCCUAAAUUCAGACGGGUUUUCUUUAUUAAGCUUAAAUUAACCCAUAGCAGAAGCUUCUGAACCCUUCGGGUUGUCCAUUACGUCAUGGCCGAUGUCGCCAGCAGCGUACAGAGAACUGUUUCUUUUAUUUCCAGUCUGGACCCUCAAACAAACCACAGUGUGUUUCACUUCCUAAUACUGGAACCUUGUUUGUCUUGGGUGCUUCAGAGUUUAAGCAAGAUAACGCACUGUGGGAGCUCCGACUGGGCCGGCCCAUCCCAGCCAGGCAUCACGGCGGCCCCGAGAUCACACACCUCUGCCAUCAGGCCAGAAAGCAAAGGCGCUCUGUUUGCUUUACUGACUGGCUGACUGAUUCACACCCUUCGUUCCCCAUCGUGUCUUAUCUGAGCCUCCCAAAACUCAGGCGGCCCUCAUGUUCAGCCCCGACCUUUGUGGCCAAAAAGGAAGUGAAAGAAUGUGCUUGAUGUCAGGGACAGCAGCCCCUGUCUGUCAAUGAAAGAAAGACGGGUAGUGGGCACACCUGCAAAACUGGCUCCUCUGUUAUGUAACGGCAGGGUUUUGCAAUGGGAAGACCUUUCUUUUGUCUUAUACUGGGUGAUUAUAAAAUGUUGAGAUUAAAAAAAAAAGUACCAGGGAUAGUUGGCUCACCCUCAACAUGUCCCACCUACGACCAGAAGUAAAUAAGACAUAAAUGAAAAAUGUUCCCCUUCUGGUUUGUGAGCGUACACCUGUAGGUUGUACGCCCUCCACCUCUGGAGAGACAAAAGGAGGAGAAGGAGGAGUGGCCCGUGCACUGGAUAUUCCUGCCGGGUUUGAAGAGGAAGGAGCUGAAGGGGAGGGACCGCGCAGACGGCAUGGCAACACACACCUUUAUAAAGUCCCAGGCACACCCCGCCGGCGGCCUCACUUCAGCUCUCCUCUCUCACGGCGGCGGCGGCGGCGGCAGCGGCACCCUGCAGUCAUGCUCAGUCUCAUCAAAUUUCCACAAGUCUUCAGCAUCAAUCAGGUGCCCAAAGUUUUCCAUGAGGACUGCAUCAUUUCUGGGUACCGGCACCCCCGGAGCUCAGCCACUGACUGCAUCCUCAGCCUCUUCCAGAUGACCAAUGAGACGCUCAACAUCUGGACCCACUUCUUACCCACCUGGUACUUCCUAUGGAAACUGGUGACGGUGGUGCUGAUGCAGCAGGGAUGGCCGGACCCCUUCACCUGGCCUCUGCUGGUCUUCCUCGUCUCCUGCUGCAUUUAUCCGCUGGCGUCCAGCUGCGCUCACACCUUCAGCACCAUGUCACUGCGGGCGCGUCACAUCUGCUUCUUCUUUGAUUAUGCGGCGCUCAGUUUCUACAGCCUGGGGACUGCAAUCGUUUAUUCGGUUUACGCUUUCCCCGACAAGUGGUUGAACAGCUCCUUUCACCAGUGGUACAUCCUCAUCGCCAUGGCCAACACUGUCAUCUGCACCAUCCUGGCCUGUUAUUCCAGACUCGGCCUUCCAUUCCUGCAUUAUAACUUUGACGUUGUGAAAAGAUUACCCGAGAGUCCAAAGUUCAGCAAAUUCUUUCGGAUCCUGGCCUUCGCCUACCCCUACAUGUUUGACAACAUUCCUCUCUUCUACAGGGUGUUUCUGUGCACAGGGGAGGGCUGCACUGACAACGGCACCGACGUUCUCCACUACAAACAUAUUGCCUUGGCUUUCAUCACCGGCUUUCUGUUUGCUACACGCUUGCCUGAGCGCUUGGCACCUGGCAGCUUCGACUACAUAGGCCACAGCCACCAGCUCUUCCACGUGUGCAGCAUCCUGGCCACCCACUUCCAGAUGCUGGCCGUGGAGCAGGACAUGGUGACGAGGCGCCCCUGGCUCACCGCCAACUCCAUCCCCGUCUCGUCUGUGAACUCCGUGGGUCCAGGGCUGCUCUGCGUGGUGCUGAAUUUGAUCAUCGUCUUCCUCUUCAGUCUGCCUCUCCUUUCGGCGCCGGCGAGUCAGAAAAGCGAAGAUGGAAAAGAUAAGAAAGUGGCAGCCAAGCUCUGCUCCUGCCACUGAAUCUUAACCCAGAACUUAACAAGGGAGACGAAUAAAUGACGGGGAAGGGAAGAAACAGUGUAAAAGCCUUCAGCUGUGAUAGCUGCUAUGAAGAGUAUUCAAGAGCUGAGCUGUAAAUCUUGGGACAAGUUACUCGAUAUACUUGGAUGCAAUGAACUUUGUCGUAAAUUAACUGUUUCCGUGGAAACUUUUUACAUCUGUUGAGCUACAAGUGCAGCCGGUUUGCUGUACAUGUGAUGGAUGUUUUGUACGUUUGCACUGAGAUUUGUAAUGCUGUGUUCUCUGAGAGCCGUUCAUGUGUCGAAUGAAGAGACUGCACGGAACAAAAAUGAUGUCAAGUUCAAAGUUCACUUUUAAUUUUGAAUUUUAAGGCUGAGUCUGUCACUUUAAGUUUUCAUGUCCAUAAGCCUCAAGUCUUUAGGACGGCACUGUUGAAUGUUUUGUGUUUGAGUUUGUACUGUUACCAUAGUAACAGCUUUAUGAACUGUGUGGAUACUGAUGUUAAAACUGUUAACCAAGCAUACUGUCCUGAGAUUCAUGUGUCCGUUCACUGGGAUGUUGCUGCAAAGGUGAUGUUUUUGUUUUGUAAAACAUGUAAAAAAAAAAAGAGUAUUUAAGUUCAAAAUUAUUUAUUUUACCUUUUGCA